AUGUGGGAUCGCAUUGCCGAGUCUUUCAAGAAAGUCAAGAAGAAGGCCGAUGAGGUAGCUUCCUCCGUGCAGGGCAGCACAACUUUCCUCUCGCGAGCCAGAGAUGUGCUGCUGACCCUCGGAGGAGGAGGAGAAGCAGCUGCUGCAGCAGCAGCUGCUGCCGUCGUGUCUGGCUAUACAGCGGAGCAGCUGCUGCUGAUGCUCGAGGAACAAGCAGCCAGUGUUCGCUCUGUCGAUGAGCUGCAGCACCUGCUCCACCUUUGGACGGCUCUUCUGAAUCAGGAAGACGACGUGGAAGCUCCACGCUUCCCUUCUGGGGAGCUCGAGCAGCAGCUGCAGCAGCAGCAGCUGCAGCAGCAGGCAGACCAAACGCGCACAGGCAGCAACGCUGCCUCUGCCGCCUCUCCUCUCACGACGAAGCCCAGCGAGGGGAACCUCGCAGCAGCAUCACCAGCAGCAGCAGCAGCAGCCCACCAGCAGCAGCAGCUGAACGGCAGCGACUUCGCCCAACAAAUUCUGGUAGAGCAGCAGCUGCUGCGGGAGCUUCAGCUGCCCCAGAAGCUGUUGAGUUCCGACUUUGGAUUCGGAGAGGUUGUGUUGCGGUCUGCUGCAAGCCAGUUGCUCCUCAGAUCUGUCGCUAAGAGGCCUGCGCUUCGAAAUGCGAUUCUCUCCAAAGUUCAGCAGCACUCACUCGUCUCUCAGCGCGUGCAGCAACAGCAACAACAAGAGAAGCAACAACAAGAGAAGCAACAACAAGAGAAGCAACAACAAGAGAAGCAACAACAAGAGAAGCAACAACAAGAGAAGCAACAAGAACAGGGGGAUCCUCAAGAAGCUCCCCAACUGCAGUGCGCUGCUUUUGAACAUUUCUCUGAGGAGGAUCUAUGGGAAGAAGAAUCGCCAGAUUACCUCGAGUUAGUGUUUCGACAACUUCUUCUGCUGCUGCAGCAGACGCUGCAGGUCACCUCGCAGCAGGGACUGCGCCUCCUGCAUGCGCUCCUGCUGUCUGCUGUGACAGAGGCUGAAGCUGAAGCAGCACUCAGGCGUCUUAGUGGACGUGCAGCGCUUAAGCAGCAGCAGCUGCUGCAGCAGGAGCACCCGGAGCCGCAGAUAGCGUCCUCUUUCUCCUCCUCGAACAACUCAAAAAGAGAGCUAGAAGGGCAGGAAAAAGGAGAGCUGCAGCAGCAGCAGCAGAAAGGGCAAGAAGGAACGAACAAGGCUUUAGAUAUUGGCAGCGCUGGCGGCAUUGACGCGGGGGCUGCUGCUGUUGCAUCUCCUGCCGCUACUGUCGGUUCAGCGAUUUCUGCUGAUGCAACCGCUGAGAGUUUUCUCGCGGAAGAGGAGCCGCUGCUUCAGGAGGUGACUGUUGCUGCUGCACGGGGGGUGUCUGCCGCACUUGCUGCUGCAGCGCUGCUGCAGCGGCGACAGCCCCUCUUGCGCUUGAAUCAUCAUCUUGCCCGACUGCAACAGGAUGCGGCGACCUUGAGCAAGAAAAUAGUGUCUUGCGAUCUGCCUCUUGCUGAAGACGCAGAUGCCGAAAAGCUCCUUAUUCCCCAAAAUAUGCGGCUGCGCGCAAGUACCCGCUUGCUGCAGCAGACGGUGCUGAUACAGCACCUGAAGAAGCAGCAGCGUGAGCUGCUGCCUCGAGCAGCAGCUGAGGCAGUGGAGGGUAUCAGCUUGUUGCAGCAGCAGCAACAACAACAGUUUGCCGCAUGGCAACAACAGCAGCAAGCAUCGGAUGCUUUCCUACACAAGUUAAGAAGACACAUGGAAAAUUCUGCAGAGGGUCUCGCUACCCGAGCUGUCUCACUGGAGUGCCGACGUUCUGAAGCGCAGAAGGCACUUCAGCAACUGGAGGAGAGGCGUCGCUCCCUGGAGCGUCAGUUGGAGAACUGUCUGGCAGACAUAGAGCGCGUUAAAGAAGGCUUGCGCAGUGCGCAUGCGGCGGAGGAAGAGCUUCAUGUGGAUGUUCAGCGGCAGCAGAGCAGCAGCAGGCGGCUCGAAAGGAGGCUGCUGCAGCAGCAGCAGCAGUGGGAGACUGCGAGGGACAGCUUGUUGCUCUUUCAACAGGCAGCGGCAGAGGCAGCAGCAGCGCAGCUGGAGGGAGCAGAGGUAGCGGCUGCAGUCGCAGACGCAGAUGUAAAGGAAAUCGAGAAUUCCUUGCAAACGCUGGUGUGCCGACACUAUGCCUUUGAGAAAGGACGCGUGCAGCAGCAGGCAGGGGCCUUGCGUCAGUGCAUGCGGACGUUGGACCUGUUGCAGCAGCAGCAGCAGCAGCUCCCCUGUGGGGCUGCUGCCGCAGAAGAUAUGAGUGACUAUGCGCUGCAGCUGCAGCGGGAAGAGCAGCAGCAGGAGCUCGAUCAUGUUCGAAAGCAGUUUCUCAAGGGCAUGCAGCGGCUAGACGCCGCAUUCGCAGAGUCCCAGGCCUUUCUGGAGGCGCAUGCGGAUACACUGCAGCAGGCGCUGCAGCAGCAGCAGCACAUACUGCGCCAAAAGCAGCAACAGCACUCGCGUACACCAGGGGCUGCAACAGCAACAGCGGCGGAGGCAGCCGCCUCUUUCGCUGCUGCUGAGGAUGCGGAGCAUGAAGCAGAGGAAGCAGCUCUUGCGGCUCUUCGGGAGAUUGCUGCUGUGUAUAGGCAGGUGCAGCAGGAAGCCGCGCCGUAUCUCAACGACCUCCGUAAGGCUGUCUGCCGCUGGCUCCUGCUUUCGGAUAGCGUCGAGCAACAAUCUCACCAACCACCUGCACCCCCAGAGGAGGCUCGUCCAGCAAGAGACACUUUGCCAUGCAUGCCAGUGGCAGCGCCAGGAGUCAAGGCAUUAGCCAACCCGCAGCCUGCAGGCACAUACGUUGUAGACGUGCCUCCACCACAAGCCCCACUGGCACUUGAAGCAAAGGGGAGGGAAACAGGAUUUCAGUUCUUCACUCUUGACGCGGACAGCGGCCCUCCCACGCCGGCAAUGGGUCCAGCCGAUUUCCCAGUUCAGCCGUCCGAGCAAGCCAGUGGCGAUGGCGAUACUCCUGCUGCUGGUGUGGCUCUGAGAGAGCUUGGGAAAGCUUUCCGUUCACGUUUGCGAAUUGAAGUCAGAGGACAUAGAUUUCGAGUCUCACCCGACCACCCCACUGAUGCAUUAGCAGUGCGUUUGGAAGUCGUGGUGCAAAUACUGAAAGAACGAGACCUAUCGGAGGAGGCCUCGUGA